AUGCACGACGACAUGGAUACCUCCCUCUCUGCGGUACCUCGUCUCAGACUCACGAGACCUCAAUCUCGGACAGACACCUACACACCUGUGGCAGGACCUUCGCGCCUCUCCCCAAACAUGAACCCAUACGAGGAGGAACAGGACGAAGAGGCCACUCCUCGAGUGCCAACAGCUUCUAUAGCACCGGAUCCUUCACAACCCUCUAAUGGAUCUCCAGGCUCAGACAGGGGAUCUUCACGUCUCCGUGCUCUUCUCGCCCGCGUUCCGAACACGAACCCAACUACUCCUCCUCGCGCGACCUCCUCACGCGUGAUUGACGUGACCACGCCCUCUGAGCCGGACUCUGAUCUUGACCCGCCAUACUCAACGACUGCCACUCCAAGUUUUGCCCGCGAGAGCCUGAGGGUUCUCUUCUCUCGCGCUUUGCGUGAGCCCGGGAACACGCCACGCCGAGAAAGUCCUCGUCAUAACAGUCUCGAUGAAAGUGAAGUCGAGACGACUCCCAGGGAAGAGACAUUUGCAUGGGAGGCAUCAGGGAAGGAUAUAAGAAGGGACUUGAGUGACGAGGAGGCGGAACGUCUUGCCAAUACCUCGAAACAAUCAGACGAGACCCUUCGAUUGUCACCUGCCGCGGCCACGUACGAUGCGUUGCGAGAGCGGUUGGUCAGGUCACGCACGGUAUUCCCCUCACCUCCCCCUGCGCAGAUGGUAACGGAGAUGUCCAUGCCUCCAACGGACACGGAAACGAACACGACGGAGGCCAAUGAGCGGGAAGAGGUGCCACUCCCAGCAGCCACGCCGAUGCGCACGCUGCAGAUGUCAGAUCUGGAGGCUGAUACAAACCUGUUGGAUGGAGACACAGAAAUGCAAAAGGAGCUAGGAGCGGUUGGAAGUUCUGACAAUGAGAUGUCAGUGCCUGCGCGUCCUCCAUCGUUUCCUCCGCCGCGGCCGAAGACUUUUACGUCUCCCGCUCGAUCUGCCUCCUGGGAGUCUCACUCUAAAUCGCAUCAUGCACAUGGGAUUCCUCUAACACGCCCUACUGUUGAAAUCCCUCCGCUGAGGCGUCUGUCCCACGGAGGUGAUGAACAGAUCGUGAACGUGGUUGGAACCAUCCUCAAGCGAAGUCACCUGCGACAACAGGCAAGUAAGGCAUUCUUCAGUGCUGCGUAG